AAGCCCGGUAGCGUCCUUUCUACCCACCAACGAGAAGCGUCAGACGCCUGUUGGUGCUGGCUGUCACUAACGGCCCCAUGUGACUGCUCCGCCGUACAGUCUUCUUAGUGGCCGCCAUGUCCACGACCCCAAGGCACCAUGCUCCCCCAUGUGGCCAAUCCAGCGUGGUAUCUUGCAGUGCCGCUGCCAGACAGCAGCAUGAUAAGCAGGAGAGAUGACAGAUGACAGGGGGCUGGGACAGUUAGGUGGUAUAGGUCGAUAUUAAAAACCUGGGGAACUGCCGUCUUCACCUGGAUUUCACCCAGGCUCAGGCUCUCAACAUCAUCAUCACCGGGCAACCUCCUUCCCACUUUUUCUCGACCUCUCCCAUCACCUUGACCAGCACACAAUGGGUCAGGGACCCAGCACCAGCGCCCUGCAGCAAUGCAUCCAGGGGGUUGCCAACAACCGAGCCAACUUCGCUGCUUUUGCCGGGAGCCCACUUUACCAGAUUCAGUGGGUCAAGCCGUAUAAUCUUGAUGUGCCUGUCGAGCCUGCCGCCGUGGUGAGGCCAGAGACGGCACAGGAUAUUUCCGACAUUAUCAAGUGCGCCAAUGCCAACGGCGUCAAGGUGCAGGCCAAGUCUGGGGGGCACUCCUAUCAGAACUACGGCGCUGGCGGGAGUGAUGGGGCCGUUGCCAUCGACAUGGUCAACUUUCAGAAAUUUUCAAUGGACACCAAGACAUGGUAUGCUACCAUAGGGGCUGGAAAUCGCCUGGGAGAGGUGGACAAGAAGAUGCACGCUCAAGGAGGACGGGCCAUGGCCCAUGGUGUCUGUCCUGGUGUUGGCCUUGGUGGUCAUGCUACGAUUGGAGGAUUGGGCCCCAUGUCGAGAAUGUGGGGAUCUGCCUUGGAUCAUAUUGUCGAAGUUGAAGUCGUCACCGCCGACGGCAAAAUCCAGAGAGCGAGCGCCACGCAGAACGAGGAUCUUUUCUGGGCCCUCAAAGGCUCUGCGUCUGGGUUCGGAGUCAUCACCGAGUUCGUCGUGAGAACACAUCCCGAGCCGGCCAACGUUGUUCAGUACGAAUACACCAUCAAGCUCGGGAAACAGGCCGAUGUCGCUCCUUUGUACUCGAAAUGGCAGGCUUUGAUGGCGGACCCCAAGCUUGACCGUCGGUUCGGAUCCAUGUUCAUCAUGUUCCCUCUUGGCGCUAUCAUCACUGGCACAUUCUAUGGAACUCGGGAGGAGUUCUUGACAACUGGCAUCCCCAACGCUCUUCCGCAAGAUGGCAACGGCCAUCUGGUCAUCAACGACUGGCUUGGGGGUUUGGCUCAUGAUGCCGAAAAGGAGGCACUGUAUCUGUCUGGGCUUGCUAUGCCAUUCGUAUCACGCUCUCUGGCCUUCAAACGACAGGACCUCCUGGGACCGGAAAAGAUCAAGGACAUUUUCAACUGGGUCGAUACCCAAAAGAAAGGCACGCUCCUAUGGUUCAUCAUCUUCGACGCCGCAGGGGGUGCUAUUGAGGACGUACCGCAGAAUGCCACGGCCUUCGCUCAUCGUGACAAGGUCAUGUACUACCAGUCUUAUGGCAUUGGACUGCCCGUGACAAAAACCACCAAGGAUUUCAUCACCGGAUUUCACGACCAGGUUGUUCAGAAAGCCGGUCCAGGCACUUGGGGCACGUAUCCAGGGUACGUCAACAACGCUUUGGUCGACCAGCAAAAGCAGUACUGGGACUCCAACCUGCCCGCAUUGGAGCAGAUCAAGGCUCGGUGGGACCCCAAGGACUUGUUCCACAACCCAGGGAGUGUGAGGCCUGCCAAGAACUAGUGUCUUGUCCUCAUUUUCAGGCGAUUUGUACUUGUAGAAUAGAGAUACCCGAUUGCAUUAAUGUUUACGUGUUAUCUGGCUUCCGAAUCAGGUCAUGCUUUCACU